AUCUUCUUCUUCUUCUUCUUCCUCUGCUACUAACAACAAUGAUCUUCAUCCUGCUGCUACAACAAAAUUGGCUCCUACUACUCCAACUAUCACCAUCAAGAAAAAACCAUCAUGGAUAUCUGGUCGCAAACAACCAAAGAAACAAUCAUUGAUGCCUCCUCAACCUCGAAAAUCAGUCAGCGUUGAUAUGCUUCGAGAUCAAGCCCGUCGACAAACUCAACCAUCUCCCAUGGAAACAACAAAGAUGACACCUCAGGUAGAAGAAAAGAAGCCUAAGUUACGACUCUUUGGUAGUUUACGUCAAGCAAGUCGAUCAUCACGUGUGUCUGGUUCUGGUGGUGGUACUAUUCGUGGAUUAAUGCGAAAUCUUAGCACUGUGGGUCAUCGACAACAUCAUCAUCAACAACAACAACAACAACAAGAGCAGCAACAACAGCAGCAGGAGGAAUCACUUUUAUCAACGGAGAGUGCAUCCAUGUCUCCGGCAGCCAUGGCAGUCAUUCAACACGAUGUAUCUACCAAAAAGGAAAAGAUGUCCAACAAGAAGGAAAAGACAGCUUCAGCUUCCUCUCAAGAAUUAGAUCCUACCAUGAUUGAAGGUGUAGAUGAUUCAACCGUCCAUGUCACACACACUGCUACUUCAACCAAAGGAGGUGUCCGAUUAUUAUCCAACUUGUUGGCAAAAGCACGUUCUCGUCGAUCCCCUGUCAAAUCGACCAAAAUUACCAAUGUACAAAAUGAAACCGAUGAUACAACAACAAUAACUGAUACAAAGGAACGUAACAAGGUGGUACGACGUACAAUUAUCUAUGUUCAACCUGAUGCUCUGGACUUUAUGAAAGAAGGACAUAUGCCACCAGUGCCACCACCCAAGUUUAGAAAUGCAAGCAGUGCGGAUGAUGAUCGAUAUUCGAAGGAUACAAUGAUGGAUGACACAAGUUCAACAGUUGAAUAUGCCACUGCAACUAAAUUGACUCGACAAACCUCACGACGUAAACGAUUAGUGGAAGAAUCACCCAAUGGUCAUCGCCAACAAACGCUCAAUCCCAACAACAACAACAGUGAUAAUCACCCAGGUGGUGCACAAACGAAAAAAUGGCGAUUGGAAAGUGUUACUGAAUUCGGUAUGGACAACAAAACAAGUAACAACAGUCCUAACGAUUUGACAAAACAAGAAGAAGGUUAUUCAAUGGACGGCCUAUAUGAUUAUUACCACAACAACAACAACAACAACAACAAUGAUAGUCAAUCUCGUCUCGAAGGGCUGGAACUUCGCGAGAUGAGUGAUGGAUCUGUAGUAUGGGGUAUUGUGAAAAAACAAGGCAACCGAAAAAGUUUCUUUGCAUCCAAGGCUCUGGAAAAGAUGAUGAUGGAACAGCAACUACAUUUAGAACAACAACAACAACAACAAGAGGAAGAAGAUGCUGAAAAAGAACAUGAACAAAUUGAAAAAAGUGUCUUGGCUUUGAUGGGAUUAGAACCUGAUAGUUUGGAUCAUUUACCAGAACCUUUACCUAUGGAACCUAUGUCUUCCUAUUCAACUAAUGGUAGUAACAAUAUUACCCGAACAGCUCCACCUCCUAUUCCCAAGCGAUCACCAAGAAGGAAAUGCCAACAAGACAAUGGUCUAAUGGAUUCUCAACAAGAUCAAGGUAAUAGGCGGUUACAACGUGGUCUUUCUGUAGAAGAACAAUUGGAUGAAAUGAUGCUUUCUAUCAAGCAAUCCCAACAAAUUUGAUCUCUCUCUCUCUGUCUGUAUUUGUUUUAUUUCUACCUUUAUUAUUAUUAUUAUUAUUAUUAU